GUCAGCCGCGCCCUAUAAAAGUCCCCCCCGCGCCACGUGACUCCUCUCCGCCCGAUCCUCCAGGCCGCCAUCAUGGACACGAGUCGGGUGCAACCUAUCAAGCUGGCUAGGGUCACCAAAGUGCUGGGCAGGACCGGCUCGCAGGGACAGUGCACACAGGUGCGCGUGGAAUUCAUGGACGACACGAGCCGCUCCAUCAUCCGCAACGUGAAGGGGCCCGUGCGCGAGGGCGACGUGCUCACCCUGCUGGAGUCGGAGCGGGAAGCCCGGAGGUUGCGCUGAAGCCCGCCGCCGGUGGGGUCCUGGAUAUCGAUCGGCUGCGCCGCGGGAUGAACUGGCACCCUUGAAAUAAAGCGUUUGUGUUGUGUGUAA